AUGAGAUUUGCCGACUUCGCUGUCGAUUUGGCAGCGGUACUCAGCGCAUCGCGCUCCGUGGCAUCCAAGCAUGUCGCGCUGAGAGGUCGACAGCUUGAGAGCUUCACAAAGGCGUCAAGCUUGACGCGCAAAUCCCCGACGGCGCCUCAGCAUACACGAGACAACGCCACAAUACAGACAACAGCGACCACGCCCGAGGACGUGAAAUCCCAAACACAGGCUAUAACAGAAGUGUUUCCCUCUCAAAAUGAGGCUACCCCUCAAGCCACUCACAUCCCACACACAGCUCCAAGCAACUUUCAGCCCCCUAAUAUCAGAAAUGCAUCCGGAAUUCGACCAAACUCUGGAUCCGUUCUCUCCCAGUUAAGGCAAUCGAGCCCUUCUGGAUUUCCCUGGUCAGAUGCGUCGCCAUUGGAGGCAAAGGAGAUAGAUGCCAAGGCCUCCGCAGCAACUCCUGCAAGCACGGGGCCGACAGCCUCAUACGGCGCCCCUGUAUCCGAGGACCUCGACGACCUUCCACCAGGUGUCAACGUCAAUAUCUUCCAUAGCUCCCGUGCAGCUAAGCUGCUGGGUAAGGAUGAAGACCAGGCGAAGGUUACUUUUGGGAACCGGAAGAAGCUUAAGCCCGUUGGUCUGCCAGAAUUUGUUGAUUUCUCCAGAUCGGUGAAGGAUAGCCAGAGGGCUACGUCUUCGCCAGAGACCAACCCAAAGUCUACUCAGGAAGCCCCCGAACCCCGCGUGGUAAAAAAUGGCACCGUCAGUAAAGCCAAGCCGAUUACUUCGGAAUCCCAAGAAGCCGGGGUGCCUGUCCCAACGUCUGCUCAACCGGUUUCGAAAGACGAGCCGUCGAUUGAGGCUGUUCUGGAAGCCGUGGCUGACCAGCCAGCCCCACCAGCAUACGUCCUCCGAGAAUCAAAAGUGCCGGCUACCCGUUUGAGCAGGCUUUGGAACUACGGCGGCCUAGCAGCGGGCAUGAUGGGGGGUGCCAUCACCGAAAGCAUCGGCAGGGCGUUCGGCGGUAAGGGCGAAGGUUCCGUGUUGCUCAGCGCUGGCAAUAUGGAGAGACUCGUUGCAAAGCUCUCGAGAAUGCGCGGCGCCGCCUUGAAGAUGGGCCAGAUGAUGAGUUUCCAGGACACCAAGAUGCUUCCCGGACCGAUCCAGGAGGUCUUGCAGAGGGUGCAGGACCGCGCCGACUACAUGCCGGCAUGGCAGAGGGAUAAGGUCAUGGCGGCAAACCUGGGUCCGGAAUGGCGCGAUCUCUUCGAAGAGUUCGAGGAGAAGCCCGUCGCCGCCGCAUCCAUCGGCCAGGUCCACCGAGCCACGCUCAAAGAUGGCGGUCGUAAGGUUGCCGUCAAGAUCCAGUUCCCGGGUGUCGCCGACUCCAUCAACUCGGAUCUCGACAACCUCAGCAUCCUCCUGACAGCGACCAAGCUUCUCCCCAAGGGCUUGUAUCUGAACAAGACCAUCGACAACGCGCGGCUCGAACUCGGCUGGGAAUGCGACUACGAGCGCGAGGCCCAGUGUCUGGUCCGCUACAAGGAGCUGCUCGCCGACGAGCCCGAUACGUUCCUCGUGCCCAAUGUACACCUCCAGGCCUGUGGCAAGAACGUCCUAACAAUGGACUGGAUGAAGGGCGUCGGCGUCACUCGGGUAAAGUCGUUUACCCAAGAGCAGAAGGACUGGAUUGGCACGCAGAUCCUACGCCUUUGCCUGCGGGAGAUCACCGAGUUCAAAUUCAUGCAGACGGACCCCAACUGGACCAACUUCCUCUACAACGCGGCGACCAACAGGCUCGAGCUGCUCGACUUUGGCGCCUCGAGGGAGUACCCCGACGAGUUCGUUACGCAAUACGUUGAGCUGCUCGCAGCGGCCUCGAAGACGGACCGCGAGGGUGUGAAGCAGCUCUCGGAGAAGUUGGGGUACCUCACCGGCCACGAGAGCAGGACCAUGGUGGAUGCGCAUGUCAAGUCGGUGCUCACCCUGGCGGAGCCCUUUCUCGACUCGGCCCCUGAGGUUUAUGACUUCCAUGACCAGACCAUCACCGAGCGGGUCAAAGCUCUCAUCCCCGUCAUGCUGCACGAGAGACUUGCGCCGCCGCCAGAGGAGACCUACAGCUUGCACCGCAAGCUGAGCGGUGCCUUUUUGCUCUGUGCAAAGCUUGGAAGCAGGGUUAGAUGCCGCGAGAUGUUUGCGGAGAGUUUGAGGAAGAAAGGGUACACUGUUUAA